AUGAUAAUUAAAUUUCAUGCGUACGUUGGACGCUUAUCUUCUACACCGACGGUGGGAAUCACUUCGCGAAACCACAUUCUCCGACCACCCUCCGCCAUCAGCAACCUCCCUCUCGCUGCCUCUCUAAGCAUGGGUAGUACAAUCAAAGAGGACCAAUGUAUGCCUGAUGAAAAACUGGAACAACAUACAAAUCAUUACAACAAGGAAACCAUGGCAGGUAGUGAGCUUUGGACAGAUGGACUCUUAUGUGCUUUCGAAUAUGUGAAAGGUCAAAGAAGAUCAACAAAGUCAAAAUCACACACAAAACCCCAACCAGCUCAUAAGCUAACGACCAAAUCAUCUCUUCAAGAACUUGAUGAUGGUUAUUCAUCAGAACCCACACCUCUUACAGAAAUCUGGAAUGAAAAUAUCCACCAUUGGAUCCCAAUUGGUUGGGCAAGAAUAUCUGAACUUGUUGAAACAGUGCAAAGCAAUGAUGACUGGACCUCACAGCAGUAUGAUUUCACGGAUGAUGAAGAUGAUCGCACAACUGCAGAUUUAGCUGCCCCCUAUUGGGAGCGGCCAGCUGGACCUAUAUGGUGGUGCCACGUGGAUGCAAGCCACCCACACAUUAGUUCCUGGCUUACUAAUGCUUCAUGGUUGCAUCCUGCUAUAAGUAUUGCUUUGAGAGAUGAAAGCCGGCUUAUAAGUGAAAGGAUGAAACACCUUUUAUAUGAGGUCCCAGUUAGGGUUGCUGGAGGUUUAUUGUUUGAACUUUUGGGUCAAUCUUUUGGUGACCCGUAUAUUAAGGAAGAUGAUGUACCAGUUGUGCUUCGUUCAUGGCAAGCUCAAAACUUUUUAGUCACUGCAUUGCAUCAAAAAGGAGUUACAUCAUUCUUAAAUGUUUUGGGUGUCAUAGAAGUUCAGGAACUUCUUUUUGCUGGUGGUAAUAAUAUACCAAGGACAAUACAUGAGGUGAUAGCACUUUUAGCCAGCCGGCUUGCACGAUGGGAUGACAGAUUAUUUCGGAAGUCUAUAUUUGGGGAAGCUGAUGAAGUGGAACUGAAGUUCAUUAAUAAGAGAAACAACGAAGAUUUGGAUCUUUUCAUUAUAAUUCUUAACCAAGAAAUCAGAAGGCUAUCACAAGAGGUUAUUAGAGUCAAAUGGUCAUUACAUGCAAGGGAAGAAAUUGUGUUUGAACUUGUUCAACAUUUGAGUGGAAACACAACCAAAAUGUUGCUUGAGGGCAUAAGAAAAAGCACAAGGGAGAUGCUUGAAGAGCAAGAAGCAGUUCGUGGUCGCAUUUUUACAGUUCAAGAUGUCAUGCAGAGCACCAAACGAGCCUGGUUGCAGGAUAGAAGCACAAGGGUGACACAUAAUUUAGUUGGGUUAAUAUAUUUUGGACUUAAACAGCCAAUCACUGAAGAACAGGUUCAAGUAAGAAAACUGGAGUUGCAAGAACUUGUCAACAUGUUUCAGCAUGAUGCAGAGACUCAUGCUCAGGGUUUUUUUUGGGUCCUUCUUGCCGUUCAUCUCAAUCAGGAGGAGUCGUAUUGUGAAGUAUGGGUGAAAGCGGAAAGCGGCAGCGCAACAAGAGGGAGAGAGAAAGGGACAGGGAUAGGGGGAGGGAGAAAGACGGUGGCAAUGGCGAUCAUAAGAACCAGAGAAGAAGAGGAAACGAAAGAGAUGAUAGAAGUAAUAACAACAACAGGGGUAAUGAUGAAUUGGUUGCUUACAGAAUACUAUGUCCAGGAGAAAGAGGAAAUUGAGCCUGAUGAAGAACUUGGUGAUCGUGACCCUUUAUGCCCUGCCCAGGAUGCACUUAUUAAGGUGCAUAAUGCAAUUGCAAAUGUAGCAGAAACAGCUGGUGAUUCUGAUAAAAAGUGGAAAGAUAAGGAAGAGUGCCAACUUCUAGUUCCAGCUAGCCAGUCUGCAAAUAUUAUUGGAAAGGCUGGGGCAACUAUAAAGAAAUUAAGAAGCAGGACAAGGGCAAACAUUAAAGUUACUCCAAAAGAUAUUAGUGAUCCUAAUCAUUCGUGUGCCAUGGACUUUGACAACUUUGUUGUGAUAACUGGUGAACCAGAGGCAGUGAAGAAAGCACUGUUUGCAGUCUCCUCAAUUAUGUACAAGUUUACUCCAAAGGAAGAGAUUCCUCUUGACACAUCUGUACAUGAAGCUCCUCCAAACAUCAUAAUACCUUCUGAUGUACCCAUCUAUCCUGCUUCUGGUCUAUACCCAGGUGUAGAUCCAUAUGUGCCUUCCAGACCUCUUCCAUCUGUUCUAGGUGGUUCACAUGUACCAGAACUUCAAGGGUAUGCGGAUUCUGGGAACACAUGGCCAAUUUACUCUUCUGCCCUCCCUGUGGUUUCUGGGUAUGGUGGUGCAUCUGCAUCCGGGGAGUUACUCGUAAGGGUGCUGUGCCCAUUUAACAAGAUUGGUCGUGUUAUUGGAAGGGGUGGUGCUGCCAUUAGAAGUGUCAGAGAAGCUAGUGGUGCACGUGUUGAUGUUGAUGACACCAGACGCGAUGAAUGCAUUAUUACAGUUGCAGCUACAGAGUCAUUGGAUGAUAUAAAAUCCAUGGCUGUUGAAGCAGUUCUAUUGCUUCAAGGAAAGAUAAACGAGGAAGAAGACGAAAACGUUUCUUUUAGGCUCCUUGUCCCUUCUAAAGUUAUUGGGUGCAUCAUUGGUAAAAGUGGUUCUAUCAUAAAUGAAAUUCGGAAGAGAACAAGAGCAGAUGUUCGUAUAUCAAAAGGUGAUAAACCCAAAUGUGCAGAUGCUAAUGAUGAACUUGUUGAGGUGAUUGGAGAAGUUGGGAGUGUGAGGGAUGCACUUGUUCAAAUAGUUCUUAGGCUUAGAGAUGAUGUUCUGAAAGAUAGGGAUAGUGGUGGUCAUAAUCAAUCUUCAGGGAAUGAUUCCAUUUAUGCUGGUGGUAGUGGACUUCCUGUGCCUCCAGUGUUGCCAAGUGUCCCCCCUUCAUUGGGUUAUGAACAUAGUCAUAGAGGUGAACCUGGGAGCAGUAUGGGUAUGGGUAUGCUUCCUUCAAGCUAUGGAUAUGGUUCACUACCAAUGAGUGACAAUGGCUAUGGAUCUUUAUCUUCUUCAUAUCCAUCAAAGUUCUAUGGAGGAUUGCCUCCUCCUGAUGGUUCUGAGAUGCUUAUCCCUGCUCAUGCGGUGGGUAAGGUGAUGGGUAAAGGUGGAGCCAAUGUAGACAAUAUUCGAAAGAUAUCUGGAGCUGUUGUAGAGAUAUCUGAUUCGAAAUCAUCACGAGGUGAUCGUGUGGCCAUAAUAUCUGGAACACCUGAACAAAAGCGUUCAGCUGAAAACAUGAUUCAGGCUUUCAUAAUGGCUACCUGAUUUCUGACAAUGAAGGUGAAUUUGGGUUAAAUUCAUGGGACCUUUUCCUUAGUGCGCAUUUAGUUUUAUUUAUAGACAUGACAUGAAAACGUAUCUCCUUCUAUUCGGUUCUUUCUGCUGGAUCUCUUUACUUUCUUCCAAAGAUUCAUCUGGGAGUGGCUGCAUGCAUGCUUGCUAAGAUUGAUUCAUCUUAGUCUCUUCUGUUCUAUCCAGUGGGACUCUUCAUAAGACUUUAGUAGGAUCUUUCUCUCAUUCCAUACUCUUUUUAAUAACUCUUUUGACUUUCUGUCUUUAUGAUCGUGCGUGCGGUUGUAAUUUUAAUCGUGAUAAAUUGAUUUUUCUGAAUAUUUCAUCUUUUCCCUCUUGCUCCUUGAAUCUUGGGUGUAAUCCUUUCUUGAAAUAAUGCAUUCUGAAAUGGUUACCUGCUUUGCUUGAUCUUCUUGAUUCAUGGAAAGUCGUUUUCUGCAGCUGUGGUAAAAACAGGAGAAAAACAAAGCCAACUUUUGGUAGUUUCUAAUCUACCUAGAAAGUUCAUCCUCUAUAACUUAAAAAAAAAAACUUUUUUAAACUAGAAACACAAAUCUUUCAACAUAUUCUUCACGUUGUUUUUUCAACUUGAAUUAAUCCAUGUGCUUCUAUUUAAGAAAUUACACCCUGUCUGUCUGUGAUGGUUAUAAAUCCUGAACGUUUUUGUUCUUGCUUAGCUUAGCUUAGCUUAGCUCAUGGGACUUAUUCUCUUCCUAAUCAUGUUGAUGCCAUUCUGAUUCACUUUUUUAUUAAAAGAUUUCAAUCUAAAUCUUUAGGCCUCUCUCUUUAAACUUUAAAGAGGUGAAAUUUUCUAGUGUCUGGAAGAGGAUCAAAUCCUUAUUAGGCACUGCCAAAUCAGAUGCUGCUUCACUCUUCUCCAAUGUUUGCUCUCUAAAAUGAGAUAUCUCAGUCUCACUCCAUGUAAACUACACAUUCUGAUCCUACUUCCACCACUUUUGCACUUGUCAACAUAUAAAAAACACAGCUCACACAACUCUGCUAUAUAUAGCCUGCCCAAUAGAAUAUAUAUGUAGUUGAGAUCAAAUGACAACUUAAAAAUACUAGGGACCCCACUUAAAAUGACAACCUUUUUUGUACAUAACAUUUAAAAAAACACAUCAUUCCACUCCUAUAUCAAUGAUUAAGAUAAUUGCUGAAGAAACUUUGUAAAAAAUGCUUUUUUUGCAUAUGCAUAUAUCGAUAUAUGUGGAUAUGUAUGUCUUAUGUUCAUAUGUAUAUUAAAAAAAAGUUUGAUUUUUUUUUUAAACGAAUCUCUUAGAUGCAGCCUUAUAUGUAUGUUUGGUGUUUUUUUUUGGUGCAUAUGAUCUUAUAUGCAGAAGUGUAUAUGCAUAUGCACAUAUGUUUGUAUGCAAAAAAAAAAAAAGUUCGUUUUAUGGUGGAUUUUUUUGCUACGAAGCUAUAGGAGUGGAAUGAUG